CAUUACGAAAUAACAGAGAAAGAGAGAGAGAGAGAGAGAAAAUGAGAGAGUCUGCGAUGGAAAAGGGAGACAGUGUUUUGAUUUUUUGGACCAUUUUAUGUCACCAUUUUCUCACUUAAGUCUCCUCUAAGGUGUUUUGCCUCUUGCUUUCUUACACUUUUUCCGGCGAGGUUUCAAACGGAGAACGGGAGAAGGCCGUGGAGAUUGAAGAAAGAGCUACUCUUGAACGAAGAUUAGGUCUCUACGAUCGAGAGAGAGCGAUGAGAGGUGGAAAUAGAAGUGUUGAAACGGUAAAUGCUGCCGCUAGUGCGAUCGCCGCUGCUGAGAGUCGAGUUCAGCAGACCACGGUUCAGAAGAGAAGGUGGAGCAGCUGCUGGAGUCUGUAUUGGUGUUUUGGAUCUCAUAGACAUGACAAGCGAUUUAGCCAUUCCGUCCUCGUUCCUGAACCAACAGUACCGGGAUCUGCUGCUCCUGCCACACAGAAUCCAAUGCACCCACCCACUGGGGUAUUACCUUUUGUUGCUCCUCCAUCAUCUCCUGCUUCUUUUUUUCAGUCAGAACCUCCUUCUGCUACCCAGUCACCAAGUGGUUUAUUAUCUUUCAAUGCCGUUUCAGCCAACAAUUACUCUCCAAAUGGGCCCGCUUCUAUUUUUGCCAUUGGGCCUUAUGCACACGAGACUCAGUUAGUAUCACCCCCAGUCUUCUCAACCUUCACCACUGAACCAUCCACUGCUCCUUUGACUCCUCCUGAACCUGUUCAGCUUACGACACCUUCAUCACCCGAGGUGCCAUUUGCUCAGCUGCUAAUUUCAUCAUUAGACCCCAAUCACAAAAAAAGUGGGAUGUGUCAGAAAUUCACUAUUUCCAACUAUGAAUUCCAAUCAUAUCAGCUGUAUCCUGGAAGCCCAAUUGGGCAACUCAUCUCGCCUAGCUCAGCGAUCUCAGGUUCUGGAACCUCAUCUCCAUACCCUGAUCGGGAAUUCAUAGGUGGACGUCCUUUUCUUCAUAUUGGUGCAGGGGAGCCUCCCAAGAUCUUGAGCAUCGAUAGACUUUCUAGCCGCUAUUGGAGGCCAGGGCAAGGCUCUGGCUCUUUGACGCCGGAUGCCGCUGUACCAACCUCUCAAGACAGUUUCAUUCUUGAGGGUCAGGUAUCAGAGGUUGCAUCUCUUGCAAACUCAGAAAAUGAAUCCCAGAAAGAUGAUGUUGUGAUUGUGAUUAAUCACAGAGUUUCAUUUGAGUUGACUGCUGAAGAUGUAGAGGUUGCGGAGGUUGCAAGCUGUGUGGAAAAGGUGCCUUUGACAUUAAUUGAAUCUGCUGCAGAAACUCUACCAGAUACAACAGCAGAAGCACCCACUACUCAAAGGGAUGGCAUUUUAAGUGGAGGGAGUGCUUUUGAUUGCCGUGUGGGAGAAACAUUGAAUGACAUGCCUGAGGGAGCAUCAGGAGAUGCAGAAGAGGAGCAGCAGGAGAAACAGCAGCACCCUUCUCUCAUGCAAGGGUCUGCGAAAGAAUUCAAGUUUGACAAUGCAGAUGGAGGGACAUCUGAUAAGCCCACAAUUGGAUCAGAGUGGUGGGCUAAUGAGAAGGUUGUGGGCAAGGAGUCAGGGUCCUGUACAAAGUGGGCCUUUUUCCCUCUGAUGCAGCCAGGAGUCAGCUAAUCUAUAUACAUAUCUAGUCAUCAAUUCCAACACUUGUAGCAUAGGAAAGAAGUUUGACAGCAUGGUCAUCAACUCCGAGGAAACUCGAAGUCGAAGAUGAUAUGCAGUGAGCAAUAGCAAUUGUGAGAACCUCACUGGAAGAUGGUGAAUGGAACUCGGUCUACUGAUAACUGAUUAUACGUACCACGUUGCUUGAAGUUCUAAAAUUGAUGAGUUGUUUUUGGGCAUCCCCACCAGGAAGGACUUACAGAACCAUGAAUUCUAAGGAUAUGUAGCAUUGGAGAUGACGUAUACCUUUGAUUUUCUGAAUUUCAAACUGUUAACUGAACAUUGACAUUAGUAUUGUCUAUGGUUUUCAUAUAUGUUGUCCAAACAGAAGAUUGGAAAUUCUCCUUUAUGUCAAGCCUGUUCCCAUCCCAUGUAAGCUAUAAAAUUCAGAACUUCGGCAACUGCCAGUAACUGCGG